AUGCAGCAAAUUCCUGAAAGGAAAUCGAUAGACCUCAGAUCGGGAUCCUUGACGUCAGUCCCAGCCUUCAAGAGCGACAGCCUGGAAGAACUCGACCUCAGUUGGAAUAAAAUCACGAAUAUGGAGUUCGACAAAUGGGCAACUCCCAAAUUGAGGAAACUCUUUCUCAGUGAAAAUUCCUUAACGUCAGUCCCAGCUUUCAAGAGCGACAGCCUGGAAGAACUCGUCCUCAGUUGGAAUAAAAUCACGAAUAUGGAGUUCGACAAAUGGGCAACUCCCAAAUUGAGGAAACUCUAUCUCUGGAACAAUCGAUUGAAGUCAGUCCCAUCUUUCAAGAGCGAAAGCCUGGAAGAACUCCACCUCAGUGGUAAUUUUAUCAAUAAUGUGGAGUUCGACAAAUGGGCAACUCCCAAAUUGAGGUUCCUCACUCUCCCAUUCAAUGACUUGACAUCAGUACCAACCAUCAAGAGCGACAGCCUGGAAAAACUCGACCUCGGUCAUAAUGAAAUCAGGAAUGUGGAGUUCGACAAAUUGGACACUCCCAAAUUGAGGAUCCUCAAGCUCUGGAGUACUUCCUUGACGUCAGUCCCACCUUUCAAGAGCGACAGCCUGGAAGAACUCCACCUCAGUGGUAAUUUUAUCAAUAAUGUGGAGUUCGACAAAUGGGCAACUCCCAAAUUGAGGAAUUUAUAUCUCGGCAGCAAUUCCUUGACGUCAGUACCAACCUUCAAGAGCGACAGCCUGGAAGAACUCGACCUCAUUAAUAAUAAAAUCACGAAUGUGGAGUUCGACAAAUGGGCAACUCCGAAAUUGAGGAAACUCUCCAUCUCAUUGAAUUCCUUGACGUCAGUACCAGUCUUCAAGAGCGACAGCCUGGAAGAACUCUACCUUGAUAGAAAUAAAAUCACGAAUGUGGAGUUCGACAAAUGGGCAACUCCCAAAUUGAGGAUCCUCAGUCUCUGGAGCAAUUCCUUGACGUCAGUCCCAUCCUUCAAGAGCGACAGCCUGAAAGAACUCCACUUCGGUAAUAAUAAAAUCAUGAAGGUGGAGUUCGACGAAUGGGCAACUCCCAAAUUGAGGGAACUCGAGCUCUCGAACAAUGAGCUGACCUCAAUACCAUCUUUCAAGUGGGACAGGGUGACUGGCUGUGAACCACUUCCUGGUAUAAAGAACGGACGCUUCCAUAUUCUCUCAUGCCCUAAUGAUGAGCGGAGUUCCAAAAAUAAAACGGAUUGCAUUCAAGGUGGGAAAUACCUCAUCAGGAGUAAAGUGUACUACUCUUGUGAGGAGUAUCAUAUUCUGAGGGGCCCACGUAUUCGAACUUGUGGAGCGAAGCAGAAAUGGUCAGGACCUGACCCCUUCUGUGAACCUGAAUGUGGGACACUGAAAAAUGUUCCUGGACCAGCUUCACCCCUGAUUAAGGAUGGGAUGAUCGCUGAGCCUGGAAAGUGGCCAUGGCAAGCUGCAAUCUAUGAUAAGCAAGACAAGGAAAUCUUAUGUGGAGGUGCUCUUAUUGGAGAAAGAUGGGUUCUCACGGCAGCACAUUGCGUCGUGGAAGGGACUCGCAGCUUUCUUACAAUCAGAGGUGUUAACAAUUUCUUCGUCUAUCUCGGCAAGCACUUUCGAGAUGAGUCAAAGGAUGAUGGAUUAGUCCAGAAGAAGGAGGUGACUCUCAUCAUUCCCCACCCCAAUUACGAUACUCAGGACUUUAAUUCGGAUAUAGCCCUCCUGAAACUCACGGAGGCGGUCAAUUUCACGGAUCGGGUUCAGAUGGUUUGCCUCCCAACCCAUUCCGAUCUGACUGAGGUCAAUCUACAAGGAGGAAGUCAAGGAUGGGUGGCCGGUUGGGGUCAUGAUGCCUCGAAUGAAGGAACGGAUGUUUUGAGGCAUAUAAAACUUUCUGUCAUAUCCAAUGAAAAAUGUCUCAAUGAUUCCUCUUUUGCCACAAGCAAUCCUCUUACGAACAUCACUGAAAACAUGUUUUGUGCAGGAGACAGCAGUGUGGCCUCGGCUAAUAGGAGGAGAGAGUAUAAAACGGUGUGUCCUGGGGAUUCGGGAGGUCCAUUGGUUUUCACCUCGGAUCGUGGGGUGAGAGGCCAGUGGUUUGUAGAAGGAAUUGUCAGUCACAUCUACGUAAAUUCAACACAGAAGUGCUCCAAUUAUCAUCCAGGACAGUAUGGCAUAUUCACUAGAGUCAAAAAGUUUGUUGACUGGAUCAAGGAGAGCAUAUCGAUGUAUUCAGAAUGAAAGUUCAUGUCUUUCUUCUCAGCACUCCUCUACAAAUUUCUCAGGUGCUUCCAACUGUAUUUAUUUCUCUCAUAGUCAGAUUUGA